UAGGGACCGAUCGAGUGCGUGCCCGGCUCUGCAUUCCGCAUUGAUCGGAGACGCGCUCGCGCCAAGUGCGAGCUCAAGAUUAUGACGAUCUUCGUUUUCGAUCGCAGAAGAACGAUCGCAGUCGAUGAUCGCUGAUCGAAAGGAUAAAUAACGACGAAGUUGUACGCAAAGGUUGUCGGAGUAAAAGUCGGAUCGACGUCGUGGAGGAGAGUCAUCGACGGAUCAUCGGUACGACGAAGCCUUCCCACGAAACCGCGAUAACUCUCGCGAGUUGCGAACGUAGCUCCGCGAAGAGACCGCGAAGAAAAACUCGAAUGGGGGGCGGACCGACCACGAAACCGUUAUCGUCGGUUCGUGACGCAUAGGAACCGGAAAGCCGAGAACAAGCGACAUAAUAGACGAGCUAUUGCUAUUAUUAAUGAGACAAAAGAUAACCUACUUACCGAUAUAUCCGAUAUACCUCGGGCACGUGCCCAGUGCCCGUUCCACUCGCCGUCUAGACGAGAUCGUCCAAAGCGUCUGGGGAAAAAAGAAUUAUUUAUAAAUUAUUUACAGAUCUCGAUAUAGCUUACACGUCCAACGCAGUUAUUGUCUAAUGUCUAACUUCUAUUUUAUUUUUUUAUUUUCGCUUCUAAUAUCAUUAGACGUAACGUUUCACCGGUAACCUAGUUUUUCGAGUAAUUAACGAGAUAAGAGACUCGCCUCGGUGAACACCACGAGAGGUGAUCGUGUUCCUAGUGACUCGUAAAAUUAACGGCGGAGCGGCGGAGCGACAGCGGCGGCGGCGGCGGCGGCGGCGGCGGCGGCUGCGAGGGUGGCGGAAGUAUCGGACAAAUGAGGAACAAGUGCGCGUGCAAGUGCCUGAGAAAACGGACCAGGCGGCGGAGACGCGUUUCCGACUGAGACGUCCAGUGCGGUCGCGAGAGGUGAAUCUGUGCGUGUUGGUGUGCGCGCGUGGUACCAGAACCCGUGGCGACGAGACGCGGACCACCGGCUCUCUCCGAUACCGGCGAUACCAGUCGCCGGUAGUUCGUCAUCGAUAUUACGGUGACCACGUGCUCAUCCCGACGAUACCCCUCGUCGGUGGCGAAUUUCGUGGAGGCACGCACUCACAGCUACGAUUUUCAUACCUCGGAUGUCUUAAGCGGAAAAAGAGAUGAAUUAUGACCCUUCCGAGCAGCCCGUGUGAGAUAGACAACAUGAGCUUGUUUCAAGACCUCAAGUUGAAAAGGAGAAAGGUCGACUCCCGAUGUAGUAGCGACGACUCCCCGGUAUCCCUCGGAUCAGCAGGCUCGCCGCAGGGGAACCAGCCGGCGGACGCACCUUCACCCAUAAACUUUCCUGCUCCAGGGGAGAGCAUGGCUGACACCUCGACCCUGUCGCCGGAGGCGAACAUGCCGGGCUCGCCGGGCUGCCCCGUGGUCAGAGUGACGAGCGAGUACCUGCUGGGCAGCCCGAGUCCAGGGACACCGCGAGGAAGCGACUCUCUUCGUGGUACCGGAGGCAGUGAUGGCGGAGGAAGAGGAAGCGGCCAAGAGGGUCGCGAUGCGACGUGCUUGGAUCGUGCGUCGCCCGACUCGGUCUUCCCGGAUGCCGGUCCGAUGGUGAGCUUCAGGAUUGCCGAUGAGCAGCAACAGCAGCAUCAUCAGCAAUCGCAGCAGCAACACCAUCACCAGCAGCAGCAGCAGCAGCAGCAGCAGCAGCAGCAGCAACAGCAACAACGCUCCGCCACCCCUGUGCCAAUCAAAUCGUCGCCAUACUCGCCGGUCCAGGCGGUCUCGUCGACUCCGAUUACCCAGGAGGCCUCCUCGAGAAGCGACAGUCCAGAUCUCAAGGGCGAUCUGUCAUCCGUUCAGACCAAGGAAGAAUCCGACAAUUCGGUCUUCGACGGAGGCGAGGGUAUGAAACCACCAGCACAGAGAGCAGCGCCGGCACCACCACGGCCCCCGCCUACGGUGUUAAUGGGUGAAAUCGGAGGCGUCCGUACGAUGAUAUGGUCGGCGCCGCCGUUGGAUCCGGUACCACCGCCGGCGGCAUCCUGGUCGGCUACAGCAGCAGCAGCCGCCUCGUGUUCUUCGACCGAGGAAUCGGCUGCACAGCUGUUACUGAACCUCGGGCAGGAGUCUAGGGGUAAACCACCCUCAUCUUCCUCCGCGGUUUCGUAUUCAUCCGCCGCCGGACCGCCGCUCAACAUGGAGAGGCUGUGGGCCGGCGACCUGACGCAGCUGCCAGCCGCGCAACAGAUGCAGGCGCUGAAUCUCACGGCAUCCGGUUCCGCCGCGCAACCAUGGGUUAGCAAUGGCGGUACCAUCGUCAAGUCCGAAGCGGCCUCGCAGUCCAUAUCGGUAGCACCGCCGGCACCCCCCAUGCCACCCCAGGAGCACGAAGAGGACGAGACACCUAUGAUAUGCAUGAUCUGCGAGGACAAGGCGACCGGCUUGCACUAUGGCAUCAUCACGUGCGAGGGAUGUAAAGGCUUCUUCAAAAGGACCGUGCAAAAUAGGCGGGUGUACACGUGCGUGGCGGAGGGAGGCUGUGAAAUCACAAAGGCGCAGAGGAACAGGUGUCAAUACUGCCGGUUCAAAAAGUGCAUCGAACAGGGUAUGGUCCUACAGGCAGUUCGGGAAGACCGGAUGCCUGGGGGAAGAAAUUCUGGUGCAGUGUACAAUCUUUACAAGGUGAAGUACAAGAAGCAUAAGAAGAGCAACAAGACGGGCAGUGUCGGCGGCGGCAUGAGUGGCGGCAGUAAUGUCGGUGGCGUAAACGGCUCGGGGACCCUCGGUGGCACCAAGGGUGCCAUGGGCACGACGAUGCUGGACAAACACAUGGCCGCGGCUGCAGCCGCUCAUCACAGCCAACAGCAGCAGCAGCAGCACUCCCAGUUAGCCGGCAGUUUUCUUCAUCAUCACAAAAUCUCGUCGGGCGAUCCGCUCUCGUCGCCGCCCACCCCUAGCCACCCGAGCCAUCCUGCGCAUUCGGGCCACCUCGUCAACGGGACGAUCCUGAAGACGGCACUCACCAAUCCCUCCGAAGUGGUGCAUUUACGGCAAAGGCUAGACAACGCAGUAAGCAGUUCGAGGGACCGAGUAUUUCCUCUGGACGCAACUUUAACUAUGAUUCAAACCCUUAUAGACUGUGACGAGUUCCAAGAUAUCGCCACUUUAAGGAAUUUGGACGAGCUGCUGGACCAUAAUUCAGACUUAAGUGAGAAGCUGUGUCAGAUAGGAGACAGCAUAGUGUACAAGUUGGUGCAGUGGACCAAAAGGUUACCGUUUUACCUUGAACUGCCGGUCGAAGUUCAUACAAGGCUGCUCACCCACAAGUGGCAUGAACUUCUUGUGUUGACCACUUCUGCCUACCAAGCGAUGCACGGUCAGCAUAGGUUAACAAAUGUCGGUACUGAUGGAACGGGUGCAGAUUUUAUGCAAGAAGUAACGAACAACAUGUAUACGUUGCAAACGUGCCUAACCAGCAUGAUGGGUCGGCCGAUAACCAUGGACCAAUUGCGGCAAGACGUAGGGCUCAUGGUGGAAAAAAUCACAUAUGUCACGCUAAUGUUCAGGCGAGUGAGGCUACGGAUGGAGGAGUAUGUCUGUCUAAAAGUAAUCACUAUGCUCUCACAAGACACGAAAUCACGAGGAAGUACAUUGGAAUUAGAACAGAUACAAGAACGAUAUAUGAGCUGUCUGCGAAGUUUUGUCGAGCACAGCGCGCCUCAGCAGCCGAGUCGAUUUCACGAUCUUCUUGUCAGGUUGCCCGAAGUACAAUCGGCGGCGGCUUUACUACUCGAGAGUAAAAUGUUCUACGUUCCUUUCCUAUUAAACUCAGCAAUUCAAAGAUAGUAAAUAAACAAAGUGACGAUAAACGAAGCUGAAUACCUAUAUACAUACUAUACAUACGUUAUAAAUAUAUACACAGAAAAAAAAGUAAAAAAACCGAACAAGUGGACAAGCAACAAAUUAACAGAGAGAGACAGAAAGAAAAAAAA